GAGAGAAAGCGAGACAGAGAAAGACGCCAUCAUGGUGGUCAGGUGGGGAAUCUGCAGCGCUGGGAAAAUCAGCCACGACUUCACAGUGGCUCUGAAGACUCUUCCUCCUGAAGACCACCAGGUGCUUGCUGUGGCAGCGCGUAACUUAAAGCGAGCAGAAGAGUUCGCCCAGAAACACCGCAUCCCUAAAGUGCACAGCAGCUAUGAGGAACUGGCCAAAGAUCCCGAGAUAGAUGUGGUGUAUGUGGGCACCAUCCAUCCCCAUCAUCACCCAUUAGGCAUCAUCUUCCUCAAUGCGAAGAAGAACGUUCUGUGUGAGAAACCUCUAGCCAUGAAUCUGAAAGAGGUGAAGGAGCUGGUGGCCACGGCAAAGACCAAUAACGUCUUCUUGAUGGAAGCUGUGUGGACACGCUUCUUUCCUGUCUCAUUGGAGAUCUCUAGGCUGCUUGCACAGGAAGCGGUAGGGGAGGUGAAGCUGGUGAGAGCGGACUUCGGGGCAUCCCUGAAGAACACCCCUCGCUCUGUGGAGAAGGAGCUGGGAGGAGGCGCGCUGAUCGAUAUUGGCAUUUACUGCCUGCAGUUUGUCCUCAUGGUGUACGGUGGGGAGAAACCCGAGAGCAUCCAGGCUACUGGAGUCUGUCUGGACACAGGAGUGGACGAGAGCAUGGUGGUCACACUGAAGUUCUCUCAGGAUAGAUUAGCAGUGUGCACGUGCACAAUAGCUGUGGAUCUUCCAAACGAAGCCGUCAUCUUUGGGACUAAAGGAACUAUCAGGGUCCCUGCUCAUAUGUGGUCUCCUACAUCACUGAUUGUAAAUGGGAAAGAGACUCACUACCCGGUUCCUGAACCGUACCUGCCUCUCAACUUCAUAAACAGCACUGGUAUGAGGUACGAGGCUGAGGAAGUGAGACAGUGUCUCCUGAAAGGACUGAAGGAGAGUUCCCGGAUGUCACACGCUGACUCAGCUCUGCUGGCUGAGAUAAUGGAUGAAUGCAGGAAGCAAGUCGGAGUGGUGUACAGCCAAGACCACCAGUAACCUUCAUACUCUUCAUUCUAGUGGCGUGCCA